AACCACAAUACCAAGAAUCUCACCCUGGAUUCAUUGAGGUUUUAUCAUCGCCAUUCGCUCGCAGGCCGGUGGUGCGUGCGGAUUAGCAAUACCCAGGUGUUUCGCGUUUCACCAUUUAAAUUCCCUGCCAACUUGUCCCAAUUACCCACCCAUUACCUCCCCCAAUCCAACAAUCGCAAUCUCAAUCAAUUGCUAAACAGCUGAAGCUUUUCAUCGAGUGUUCACCCAAGUUUUUACACAUUUUUUUAUUCACUUGAACUUUUUAUUGAAAUUUUUUUUAUUCAAUUUUUUAUUGAGCUUUUUUACACAAUUCGUGUAAUUGAAUGGGCAUUUGCGAGCGAAUGAUAAAAAUAGAGGUGUGAGGCGUUAGAACGAACCGAGUGAGACGCAACAACGGUACUUGCAGCUACUUGAUACGUACUUGGUACUUGGCAAGAGGCACACGGUGGAAAGUGGUUGCACGCUCCGUUUCACGUUGCCGCAUCAGAAACACAACGGCUGACUCGCGAUUCCGUGGAUGAUUCAGGUGAAUUAGGAGGUGGAAUUUUUAUUCUCCUCGAGUAUUCAGUGAAUGAAGUAAUACGGAGAAUAUCGGGGUGGAGGAGGCACUGUGAUACGAUUAAAUCGUGACGAGGACUCGGGGGUUAAUAGCGGAUAAUUAGUGGGGAUGAAGUGACAGUUGGAGUUGAACAAGCUGUUGGGAUUUUUUUUUUCCUCGUUGAGAUUGCAGAUUAGCUGUUAGGUAUCAUGGAGAUCAUCAUGCUUUUGAUGGUGAUGGGAUUUGCUGCUGGGAGUCAGAACGUCUCGAUGAAUGCAGCUGAGACAUUACCAGGGUAUGAUCCGCAGUUCAUGGCGCGCUGCUAUUUCCCCGCGGAAUUCCAGGGGGAAUUCGUGAUGCAGGUGAGCGGUGUCGGGGCCAGGGGGUCCAGCAAUACCGGCGAGCCGAUACAGUACUCCACAGUCAAUAUCACCUAUGACUCAAUACCUGUCUGGGGAUAUUGUCACAAGAGAAUCGGCGAGAAUGUUCUACUUGUCGACAAAUAUGACGAUGGCGAAUGCAUCAGGUGUUUUCGCCUGAGCCGACGUUCUCGCAACAUAAUAGAGGUCUUCUCCGAGGGCUUCAACAAGUGCUACACGUACGAGAAAAGUGCGAUCUCCACCUGCGAGCAUCUCAACACCAGAGCUAUUCUCUACCGUACCAAAGAGCUCGGGGGUGUUCCAAUCCGAAAUGAAUUUUGCCCGAUAGCCGGCAAAUAUCAUUUCAAAUAUGACAUAAAUGAUGGAUCCGAAGAGAAAGUCGAGUGCAACACAUUCUCGUCGGAUCUGGACAAUUGUCCAGACGGAUCCAUCUUCCAUCUGCAGUUCAAGAGAUGCUCAUUCGAAAAUCAUGGUACGAUGAUCAGUGCUAAUAGAACGAGCACAUCAAACGAUCUAAACAUUACCUUUAAUUGCCUGGGAAGCUGGCCUGGUGGACCCCACGGCUCUCGGUAUAUUGCUCUAUUGGAUACCAGAGUUGGAGGUGAACGUCGGCCGCAAUAUCGAUGUGGGCUGUAUCACGUUGAUAAUAAAAAGGGAAAAACGUAUUUGGCGUUUAGCAGCGAUUCCAGCUGCACUGAGAAUCUCGAAAAUUCAACAAGUGGAUAUGAGACACUUGUUCUCAGCAAAGCCCCCAAUCAAAAGAAAAUGCCGUCGUAUGUUUCCACACACUUGGCAUCAUAUCCAAAGUGGGCACAAGGCGAGUGGGAGGAGUCCCUCAUUGUGAAUGGUACGAUGACUUUUAAUGAUCUGAAUGGAUACCACAGCUACACUUUUGUCACUGUUGACUCAAAUCAUGACACUGGGAAAUAUAUAGUUUUUUCCAAAGAUCAUUGUGAACAAGAAGCUUACGUCUGCCUGAUGAUGCGCCAACGGAGUGAAAAUGUCCUGGAGUUCAAGACAGGGAUAAUUUCGAAUCCGGUGUACGCGAGUUAUCUCUGUGACGAUCCCCAUUUGGAUAAAUCCGACUGGAUGACUCAAGCCCGACUAGAGCGCGUCGUGGAAUCUCCCUGUCCCAUCACUGGACAUUACGUAGGAAGGAUACCUGAUCUUCCAGGCACGUGUGCUGAAUUGAGCAGCAACUGCUUCACCAAAGAGAUCAUGUAUUAUAAAGUCACCGACUGCGAGUCUGGAGAGCUCUAUGAAGAACGCAAAUACCUGUGCCUUGGCCAAUGGGAAGAGCAAGGAGUAAUGUACACUUACACCAUGAGAAACGACACGAGCACAAACGAGUGUUUCGUCGGUCUAAUAGUGAACGAUGAGGAAAUUUACAUAAAGGAAGCUGGAGAUCAUUGUCUCCGAGAUAUCGAUCCACGCAAGGAGGGAAUGCGUCUCUACAAGAAAGGACAAUGCUAUGGUAAUUCACCGAGUCCUGCACCGGUACCCAUAAAACCAUCCAUUCCACAUGAUCCUAUCAUGAGAAUUGCGUCGACUCCACAUUCCAGGAUACCAAUGGAACCGACCAGGAACCCCCCGAAGGCCACGGGCGCCUCAUCAUCAACAUUGACAAUCAGCCGGUCCUCUGUGAUAAUUACCGUGAUAUCAUUGUUGAUAUCCUUCUGGAGAAAUUGCCAUUAAGUAGAAAAAAAUAUUUUUCAAAUGAAUAACUGUAUUUUGGGACAAUUUACAAUGCCAGGAGAGCAUCGACAGACUGUUGAACUUUCACGAUCAAAAGUCCAUCAAUUUUUAUCUCAACGAUUUUUUUUUUAAUAUUGAAUUCCUCACGUGAUAAAAUGGGGAUAAUCGAACCUUUCAAUUCAAAUUGACGAGGAGUCACUGCCUUAUUUCACAGGAGAGAUUUUUAUACGAGAAUUAUCAAUUUGUUAGGAAUUUUUACAGAAAUCAACAGACUAUCGUUAAGCCCUGACGAAAUUUUAUCGAUUAUUUUAAUUUUUUCUUAUAAUUUGUACAAUAUUAUUUAUUUCCUUUAUCACUUUAAGAAUCACUUUCACUAGAUUUUCAUUCACGUUUAAUUAUAAAGUGCUUAUAGUCUGUACAGUCCGAAAAAUCCAGAAAAGAGUCCAUAUAUGAAUCGAUAAUUACCAAAAACAGGAAAUUUGACUUACCUCAAGUAGCCCUUCACUACAAAAAUUCAAUUCCGAUAAUUUUCAAAAUUAUCUCAAGCCUCGAUACCUCUUGUAAUUAUGAAAAACGAAUUAUGUAAAUAUGUGUAAAUUACCUAGUAUAUAAAGAAUUUUAUUGUGAUUGUAAUAAUCGAUGUAUAAAGAUACCCCCAGGAGCGUUUAUUUUUGCAUCGAUCAACAAUAACAACCAGACAACUCCCCAAAUUCUAUAUUCUCCAAGAAAUAAAUAAACCAUCCUAUCCAAAUGA